UCCAUUUCGUAUGUGCGCAUCGGGUCGGGUGAGCGGUCAAUAUUUACCCACUUGAGAAGCAAAAGGCAGAGCUGUCUCGGUGUCCUUUUGUUGUUGGGUUAGCUGUUGUUAAACAAGAAGAAGAAGAAGAUAAUAAUAAUUGAGUGUUAACUCCUAAUACUAAUCUUCCUCAGAUCACAGAUCGUCUCUGUUGCAGAAACUAUCUUUUGCAAGCUGAGGCGAAUUUAUAAUGGGAGAUUUACCGCGUUAUGUAAUAUCUUGCUUACAGACUGGUAAACUUGCCGCCUUGGCUAUUUUGGUCUCUAGUGGGAUAGUAUUGCAAGUACUGGCAUGUGCUCUGUACCAUAAUUGGUGGCCUAUGCUAACCGCUCUAAUGUAUGUGUUUCUUCCCAUGCCUUUGCUGUUCUUUGCGGGGUCCGAUACCUCUUCUCUGUACUCUGAAUCUGGAAACAGCUGGGUCGAUAUUACAAAGUUUCUGACUGGUGCAUCACUUGUGGGAAGCGUCGCAAUUCCAGUUAUCUUAAAGCAUGCUGGCAUUAUUUGUUGGGGUGCUCUUGCAAUGGAGCUGUCAUCACUAUUCAUUUUUGGUCUAGCCAUACUGUGUUUUGUUGCUACCAAUGAUGAUGGUGAUACAUACGGAAUGCUCUGAUGUACAGUACCCCAGGCUUCCCAUUUCAAUUAUGUUUGAAGGGUGUAACAUUUGCCCCCCCUGCACCAAUGAGAUCGCAAUCUGUCCUAUUGACUUGAUCUGCUGGAUUUUGUGGAAAUUCGGGUUUGAUCAAUUGGUAGAUUAAGUUCUAAGUGCGAGGAACUGUACAUGUCCAACUGCUUGUAAAAAAUCCUUUGUUCAUGUUGUGAGUGUUUUUGUAACAUAUGUUUGUUCAUAAAAUUCCUGUAUGAUCAGCCGAAUCUGUUGUAACACAAUUUAGUCAGAAUGUACAAGCAAUCUAUACAACUA